AAGGCAAGGAAGCAUAGGUAUUGGGUGAAUCUCGGCGGAGGUGAGUUCAACGUAGCUUGACGCGUUUUUCGUCCUAAAAACUCAGCUCAAGCUCUUCAGAAGCCUCCAGGCAGAUGCAGGCCGCUUCAGCUUAGGGAGCCUACAAGUUUUAUAGGCAGACGAUUUUUUUAAUGUUUAACCGUGAUUUAUUUAUUUAUUCGAAGUUAGAUGGAACAAUGUGUUAUCGGCAUGGACAGACUUACAUAGGCAACUUAUUCUAUUGACGCUUUUUAAUACUGGAAUCAUAAAACUGAUUCUUCAAUUCAUUCAGUUUCCAUGUUGAUAAAUUUUUUCAUUCGUGAACUUUGACUUCGUGAAAAUAUUAUUUUUAGGUAAGAUUUUCUGCAGUGAUUUUAUUUCCGAGUCGUGGCAUUGAAAAAAGUGGACAUUUACGAAGAUUCCCAUGAAUAAAAAUACAGAAAAAUUUUUGGUCUCGGAUAAGAUCGAUUGAGAAAAUGACAGUUUUAAUGAAUUAGAUGUAUCUUGGAAUAAGAUUAGAAGAACUGAGAUGAUAAUUCCUGCAAUUUUACUAAAUUGAGAAAGUUAUACAAUAUGAUAAGAUGAAUUAAAAAGUACUUUUUGCUGAAUUUGGCCUGCCCGAUAUCUCAAAUCGUUUAGCAGCAAAGAAAUUAUAAAGUUUUGUUUCGAAGAAAUCAACAGCAGCAAUUGUAACAAACGCUCAUCAUAAUUCAAUACAAAUAACAAAGUAAACACUCUCCGCCGAGAAACAACUGUAAAAAAAACCCGUUUUUUCUUUUCGUCUCCAUCCCGUACUGAAGAAGUUGUGGACGGGAAUCUUCCGAAGGAAUCACCAUUCAUACAUUGGCCAAAGAUCACAGAAGCAGACUUGAAAAAUCCGCGCUUCAUGCUUCGAUCUAUUUGACUUAAUAUUGUGGGGUUUUUUGAUCUGCCUUCAAGUUGGCCGACGUGCAAGUGUUGCCCGAAGUCGGGGUGGGGGAACCCCCUCGGGAAACGUGGGAGAUGUUGAUGGCACAGUUGCAACAUCAAUCGGACAUUGUGUCAUCAAGGAAGGGACUAAAAGGACCCCCGGCAGAAGGAGAAGGGAUGUCACCUUUUUCGCCUACCCAGGCUAUUGCUCCAAAAACGGGAAUCGCCCGUUCGCAGUUUUCUCUGCCAUACGAGUCCGAGGAGCGACGUGAUUUGGUAAGCGGCCAUGCGGCAAGCCUUGGUCCGAUUACCAGCAUCGGCUCUGUGGGCUCAACAGCUACUUUCAGCAGCACACCUCGCCUAACGCACACACCGACAUCUGCUGAUUUUCAACCUCCCUAUUUCCCACCUCCAUACAACCUACCUCAACAACAGUUGGACUUUCACCAUGCUGCGCAUGCGGUCAAUCCGGCUGACCCAUAUGGACACUUAAACAGUCUCGCAGCCCAACAUCCCCAACACCAAUACCAUCAACUGCAUCCACCAACGCAAAGAUCACAUAAUGUUCGACGUGACGAUGACCCAUUGCAUCCUUUGCAAACGGGGAUGCAUCCUGGCCUCUCUGCCACGUACGCGGAUUCUGUCCGAAGUAGGGGCGAUCCAACGUAUGCGGCUGUACGAAGGCCGGACGUUCUGGUGCAUGGAGGACACCAUGGUCUUAGUGAACAAGACUUGCUCAAUCUUCACAACGCCACCUUACCAUCCAUAGAUGACGGACAAGGUGGCAGCGUCGAAGAUGCAAAUAGUCUUUUUCCUGGGGAUCAUAAUAGUGUCAUAAGAAAAGGCAUCAAACCAAGGAACAGUGACAAUCAUAAAGAAAUGGUCAUCACAGGAGUGACGUCACCUGGAGAUGUGUUCUGUUCCGUGCCUGGACGACUCUCCCUCCUCAGUUCGACAUCCAAAUACAAAGUAACCGUGGGGGAAGUGCAAAGGAGACUAUCACCACCUGAAUGUCUCAACGCGUCCUUGCUAGGAGGUGUCCUUAGGAGAGCUAAAUCUAAAAACGGAGGACGUUCUCUUCGAGAAAAACUAGAAAAAAUUGGUCUAAAUUUACCUGCUGGCAGGCGAAAAGCUGCAAACGUAACCCUUCUCACGUCUUUGGUAGAAGGUGAAGCAAUUCAUUUAGCCAGGGAUUUCGGCUAUGUUUGUGAAACGGAAUUUCCUUCUCGCCAAGUUGGUGAAUAUCUAUGUAGAAAUCACAGUGACCCCAGUGACCUUUACAGAAGAAAAGAACUAAUCCUAGCAACCAAACAAAUCAUGAAAGAAUUUGUGGACUUACUAAACCAAGACCGUUCUCCACUAUGUAAUACAAGGCAUCAAGCAAUCCUCGAACCCAACAUCCAACGCCACCUGACGCACUUUUCCCUAAUUACGCACGGCUUCGGCAGCCCAGCGAUAGUUGCCGCGCUGACCGCUGUCCAGAACUUUAUGAACGAGUCCUUGAAGUACCUCGAAAAACAACUGAACGCGUACCAGAAUUCUGGUGGGACACACGUUUCCGGUGUUGACACAAAAAAGGAAGACCCAAAAAAGUGAGCUUGAUGGUAAACACCACGACAAAAAACACUUAAAAAAAGUCUUCAACUAGUCUGCUGAGAAGACUUUGCGAACGAGAAGGGACACGCAACACCGGUGGACAUUUCCACCUGCCGUCCCAGAAAUGUUUAUGUAAAUUAAGAAUAUUCUUGUAAAUAUAAAAGAACAGUUAUAGAAACAUUUUUUCCAUUAUGGUACAAAUUAGAAAUUAUCGAUUAGGUAAUCCUGUUGACCAGGAUCACAGACAAGACCUCAGAGGAAUAAAAAUAGGUAAUGAUCACAGAUAAGACCUCGGAGGAGAUGAAAUAGCUGAUGAUCACAGACAAGACCUCAGAGGAAUAAAAAUAGCUGAUGAUCACAGACAAGACCUCGGAGGAGAUGAAAUAGCUGAUGAUCACAGACAAAUUCUCAGAGGAAAGAGGGUUAAAAUAUCUGUUGCCAAACUUGCAUUAUGGAAGGCUAAUGCUUUGUUCCAUGAACAAAUAAAAUGUGGCCAAAUAUCAUAAAAUUAACUGCCUAAAAUGGUGGUUCUGCUCACGGAUUGCCAGUAGUGGUGGCAAGUUUUGUUUUAAAACUUCUUUCUUUUUAGUUUUAUUAAGAAGAUUUUAUAGAUUGUAAAUGAAAUAAUUUGUUUUUAUUUUUAUACUUUGUCGUGAAUAUUAGUUGUAAUUUAAAAAUUGCUUUAUAUUUGAAAGUUUGAUCGUUGUGUUUCAAAAAUGAAAGUUUAUUUUUUGAUGACAGCAGUUUAGCAAUACUACGAUAAAAAUAAAAUAGUGUGGAAUUCUUGCGUAUUUAGGCAAAAUAAUUUUUCCUUACAAUUUUUUAAGUCAUUCAAGUUUCAGAGUAUUAUUUCUUUAAAUUUCUAUUAAUUAAUAAUCAUCUUUGCUUCAUACUGCCUAGAUUUUAGUGCUUUAUACCCAAACUAGGUAUUGUAUUAUUUAGUCCUAAAGCCACAAAUAUGUUUUGAAAUUUUAAUUCGUAAAAGGCUUCUUUUACUGCACAUGUAUUCUAUUUUGAACAAAAAUGAUUUAAAACAUAUCAAAUAAUAUAAAUAAAAGUUUCUGAAAAAGCUAUUUGCAAUAAGGAAUUAUUAAUUUAUGCCAGCUAUAAAACAAUGAAGUCUAAUACCAGCUAUUCGGAAACUAUAUUAAUUAGUUAGAAAACUAAUUUUCCUUUCCUCUAUAGAUUAAUUUCUUUAAGAAAGUUUUUCUAAAAAUAAGAGUUUUGACAAUUUUAGGAAAUGUUAAUUUAAAAUGUCAAGAAAAUUUGCUGCAACCUGAAUAGGAAUAGCAAAUUGAGCUCUAUUAUCAUACAAAUUUGCAACAACCUUAAUAUGUUGCCCAGAUUUACAAAUUUGUUGCAACUUUAAUAUAAUGUAAAGUUAAACCAUGUUAUGCAAAAUUGCUACAACCUUAAUAUGGUACCAAGUCGAAUCAUGUUACAAAUGCAAAUUUAUUGCAACUGUAAUGUGGUUGUUAAUUGAACUAUAUUGUUUCGAAUAUUUGCUGCAACCUUACUAUGCUGCAAUAUUAACCAUAUUAAUAUUUGCAUAUUAUCGUGCAACUUCAACAGCUUCAGAAUUAAAUCAACUAGAACGAAAACAUGGUUUGAUUUUGGCAUCUUAUUACGGUUGCAAAAAAAUUGCACGAUAAUAAGAUUCAACCUAUCGCUAUUUUAUUUAACUGAUAUUUUUGAAAGCGAAUCACAAAUAUGUAUUUAAACUUUAAAUUGCAAAACAGUUUUAUUUGCAAAAAAGUGUUGUUUUUUUGACAUUUGUGUUAAUAAUUCCCUGUUUUGAAUUUUAUAAUUUAUAAAAAUAGACAGAUGAAUUGUUCAAAAAAUCAAUUUUAACAAUGAAUUUCUUCUCUCGUUUCAUAUAAUUUGCAAAAAAAUAGUAUCUAUUUGAUAAAAAAAAUAACUAAAAAAAGUCUGAACAAUUGAUAAGUCCUUAUUGACGAGUUACACAAACUUUGCUGUUAUGGAAUUAUUUUUUUAAAAUUAUUUCCGAAAAUUCUAAAUACCAUCUUUAGUUAACAUCCUGUGUUCAAUGACUUUAAUAGUAUUUACAUUUUUUCAAUCAUGCAAAUUUUUAAAAUAAAUACAUGAAAUAUUAUUGACAAAGUUAAAUAAUAUAUUUUAUCAGAUAACUGAUAAUGAAAGCAAACUACAAGCAUUAGUUUAAAGACAUAUAAAAUGGCAAGUUACAAAUUACGUAGGGGACUAUUUAGAUAUUUAUAAGCCUAAAUUUUUGAAAUACACAAACUUUGCUGUUCUUAACUUUUUUUUAAAUGGCUGAUAAUAUUCACAAUUUUGCAAUCAUAGAAAUUAGAAGGAAAAAAAACGUUAAAUAUUAUAACAACAUUUAAAUAAUAUAUUUUAUCAGAUAACUGAUAAUAAAAACAAACUACAAGCAUAACAAACUACAAAAACAAGCUACAAGCAUAAGACACAUAGAGUUACAGGGUGCAACUACGCCGAUGGCUAUUUUAGACUAAGCAUAUUCGGGGACUAAUUACGUUUCGAAUUUUUUUUCUUCAAAAAUAGCACAUGUGAUAUUCUUAAGCUCGCGAAAUUCCUUAAAACAAAUUUAAAUAAAAAAAAUUUCCUGGAAAGCUGGUUUUAAAUAUAUAUGUUUAUCAUAACUCAAGGAUGUGUACAUUUUAUUUAACCGCACAAAUUCUUCAGUUCCGUUGAAACUUGUUCAUAAUUAUGAUUUCUUUCUUCAAAUAAAUUAUGCUUUAAAUAUAAUAUGGUUUUCACAGCUAUUACAACAAAAUAUUAUUACAAACUUUUCAAGUUAAAGAAAAAAUAUCUUCACUGACGCAAAACCUUUUUUCUAAUUUUAUUUAUUUUCAUACUGUUAUCUUUGGAAAAUUAUUUCUAGUUCUUAUCGAUAUUUUUAAUCAAGUGGUAAAAAUUUCAGGUCGAGGCAGUAAUAAGAAAUAAUUUUUUUAAAAAAACGCCCCUUUUGCUUUUUAUUAUUCAAGAAAUUUUCUAUUGCGUUUCAUUGGAAACCCUGUUAUUAUUUUUUUUACUUAACUGUAUGCAAAAUAUUUCUUCAAAUUUUUAAAAUUCCAUACAGUAAGAUAUACAGGAUCAAACAGUAUACGACUUAGGUAAUAGAAACUAGUUGACAUCAAGCAAAUUUUUAGAUUUUGAAAAAGAAGAAAAAUUCAUUUCCUACACAUAAGUUAAUGACUUUAAUAGAAAAUUAAUUACAAGGCUAAUAAUUUUUCGCUAAGUUUUUUUCCAUCAUCCAAUGAAUUUUAAAUUUCCUCUUUGUAUCCUUAGAAUAUAUUAGUAAAACGUUAAGUUUGCAUGGAGGUUUUAAGCAACAUUUUAUUGAAAUAGCUUUAAAGUUCAUGCGUUCACAACAAAAAAAUUUUGUUGUUCUUUUUUCAUUUUUAAUUCAAAAGUUGCAAUUUGGGAAAUUUAUAAAUCUCUAAUACUCAUUUAAACUGUCAUAGCAUUUGCACUCUAUACGCUAUAAUUAGCAGCCAAAAUAACUUUCUAAAGGUAACUCUUUGAUGUCUGUUUGCUGCCAAAUUUACUUGGCGCUUUCUUCCACUCCAAAAACAAUAAAAAAUUGCCACUUAAGACUUUCUUCUGAUCUAAAAACAAUAAAAGAAAUUGUCUAUUAGAACCGUCUUCCAUUCCAAAAACAAACAAAAAAUUCUCUCUGGCAACCUUUUUCCAUUCACAUCUGUAAAAAUUAGAAAAUUGACAAAAUAAAUUAAUGCUUUAUCGUUAACUGAGAUCUUUUUUAGAAAAAUAUUAAUUUUUUCAAAUAUGUCACACAGAAUCUAAGUUCACUAAGUUCUUCGUUUUUGUUGAAAUCGUAUUUAUUCAGAUUUUCUAUUCCUUAUUCCAUGAUUCUCAACUUUAUUCAAGCUUUCCAGAAAUGUGAAAAGCCAUAUCUUCUUGAAAAGGGUGGUUGAAUUGUAUUCAUAGAGAAAUAACUUAAGUACGAGAGUGAUUUUAGAAUUACGCUAUUUUAAUAUUUCACACUGAAACUUUGAUAAUUUGUUUUUAUUUGUUCCACUAGAUUUCUAAAAAAAAUUGAAUUGUAGAAAGUGUACAGUCAGAUGCAUUAUUAUGAAACGUUUUCAUUGUUUUGGGUGCUGUAAAUUGUAUUUCGGUUAUUUAUUAUUAAAAAUAAUUGUAACUUUGUUUGGUAACAUUGUGUUUUUAUUUAUUUACUAAUCUGAUCAAAAUGCUCAAAUCAAAAUGUAUUUAUGUUCCUGUACGUUGAAUCAUUUAAUUUUUUAUGUUUAUUUAUACAUUAUGUAUUUCACGCUAAAGUUAUUGCAUUUGUCAUAAAUAAGCAUUUUUUUUUUCGAUUGGAAAAUAUACAAAAAUGUAAAAUAAAGAUUUUGUUUUUA